AACUACUCAUCACUCAUUUAGAUGCAUUCGCUAUUAUGAUCACUGCCACAAAGUCAAUCAUUGUAUCAUUUCUCACUAAACUUGGUUAUGGCGCUAGUAUAUACCACGAUCAUGACACAAUAAAGAGUGAAUCAACAGUGAUCAAGACAGAUCCAGAGUUUGAACUAUCUUCAUUACAAUAUUGCCUGUCGAUAAUAGGGUUCAUAUGGUGGUGUGCUAUGAUUGGGAUUGCAUAUUAUGGGUUCAUAGAGAUUUAUUUGAAGUUUAAUAGUCCCAAGUAUAAACCUUCAAGUAUCAAAUUUGAUGGUGAUGAGAUCGUUGAUGACGAUUCUCAAUUAGAAGGUGUGACUAUACUAAGACCUAUCAAGGGUGUGGAUACAGAACUAGAAUUAUGUUUAGAAAGUUCAAUUCUACAAAAGUAUCCAUCAAAUAAAUUUCAAGUUUUAUUUUGUGUGGAAAGUGCUCAAGAUCCAGCUAUACCAAUCAUUAAAAAUUUGAUCUCCAAAUAUAACCAUCUAGAUGUUCAAUUAUUAAUUGAUGAGUCAUAUGAGGAGAAUCAUUUUGGACCAAAUCCCAAGAUCAAUAAUUUAGCAAAAGGUUAUAAAAAUGCUAAAUUUGAUAUAAUUUGGGUCUUAGAUUCAAAUGUUUAUGUUAACCCAGGAACUUUAUUAAGAUCAAUCAUUGCCUUAAAAACAUCCAAGGAUAAUGGUAGACCAACUUAUGAUUUUUCCACUGGAGAAGGGAAACAAAUUAAACUAGUUCAUCAUGUUCCAUUAGCUGUCUCCAUAAACAAUAAUAAUUCUUAUUCAAAUUUAGGUGCAAGAUUAGAUGAAAUGUUUUUAUUCACAUCUCAUGCAAAAUUUUAUGUUUUUUUCAAUAAGGCAUCAAUAGCACCUUGUGUUAAUGGGAAAUCAAACAUUUAUAGAAGGUCUGAUUUAGAUGAUGCAGUUAAACAAGUUUCUUUGGGUAAUGUGCCAAUAAUAAAUAAUAAAGAGACCAUUGCAAGAGCUGCUUCAAAUUAUGUCUUGAAACCAAAUGAAAGUUUAAGGUUUUUUUCAAGAUAUAUUGGUGAAGAUAAUAUGAUUGGUAUUGCGUUAUGGGAAAAUGGUGGUAGAACAGGUAUGACUGGUGAUGUUGUGAUUCAACCAAUAGGUACUGGUAGUGUUGGAACUUCAACAAACAAGAUUAUGGAUUAUGUUAAUAGAAGAGUAAGAUGGUUAAGAGUAAGGAAAUAUAUGGUUUUAGCUGCAACUUUAGUGGAACCAACCACAGAGAGUUUAGUUAUUGGAUUAUUUGGUUCUUAUGGGUUAUCAAAUCUUUUUUUCCAAGGUAAAUAUAUGAAAUUAAUAAUGUUGAUACAUGAAUUGAUUUGGUGUUUUACAGAUUAUAAUCAAUUUAAAAUGCUGUUAAAAUUUUCAAAUAAAGACUUGAUGGAUACCAAAGGGACAACUUCUCCAUAUUUCCUAGAUUCAAAUAUUGAUGAGAAAUGUAAAUUAAUAAAAUGGUUACCUAUAUGGAUCUUGAGAGAAUUAUUAGCAUUACCAAUUUGGAUUAUGGCAAUGUGUGGGACUCAAAUUGAUUGGAGAAAUAGACCAUUCAAGAUCAGAUCAGAUCUUUGUGCAGAGGAGUUAUAGAUUUAGUGCUAUAUGAUCUAUAGAUAUAACUUGUAGACAUCUGAGCAUUUAAAUAGAGCAAACAAAUUCUUUAGUGAUACAGUUCUAGAUCUCACCUCAACAAUUGAUCAAAGAACAACAACGUGAACAAAGUGAGCUUGUCUAAUCAUAGCCUCAUAGAUCUCCAAGCCAUGUAUAGAAACCUGAGUUGAGGUUCAACUGUACUCACCAUCAAUUGUAAAUGUACUUUGCGUAGCACCCUAAACUUUAACCGAUCUCUCUUUUAGGGCCAUGCGGGAAAACGCGCCCAUCCAAUUUGAAUAAAACGGUUUCAACAGUUGAAUUAAUUAAACAUUUACAAAAUAUCAGCUAACAAUUGGCAAUUAAUUCACCACAAACAGAAUGAAAAGGAACGUAGGAAUAAUGAUGAAUCAGGGUAUAGCCUCAUUGCUAGAAUAUGAGCACUGUACAGACUAAUCUGGCUAGACAUGCUUGUGUGCAACUGUUGAAU